UUCGAUGCAACUCUGAAGAAAUAACUAAUAUGUGUUUAUAAUAAGUGGCUAAAUAACGCAACUGAAAUUUAUAAACAGACUAAAACAACAAUGGCAUCGAAAAGGAAACAACAUUUUGGGCUACCUGAUAGUGAAACGUUUAAAAAGAAACACACACUGGACUCAGAUGAAGAGGACUCUGACGACUACGAACGAGACAACCUUAAUGAUAGCGAUAUUGAAGGUGGAGAGGAAGGCGUGGGGAAAGUAGAAGACGAUGUCAAGAUAACUCCGUUUAAUAUGCGUGAAGAACUUGAAGAGGGUCAUUUCGAUAAGGAUGGUCACUAUCAUUGGAACAAAGAGGCGGAGAUUAAGGAUAACUGGUUGGAUAACAUUGACUGGGUUAAGGUGGAGAAGGACAAGAACUAUUUUGAUCCCAACAAUGGUGAUGAAAACUCUGCAGAUGACAGUUUACCUGUGAAUCCAUUUAAUCUGUCAAUGGCAUUUGGUAAAAUGCUUGAGUACAUGAAACCGGGGGAGAGCGUACAGAUGGCUUUGCAAAGAUUGGGACGUAAGCGUCCCAAGUUGUCGACUCUUGAGAAGCUGAGGCAAAAGAAAGCCGGCAUAGAGAGCAAUGAAUCGCAACAAAUUUCAAAGCUAACCGAACUGGCGAAUGAAAUUCUUUCAAAUACUGGAAAUAUGGAUAUAUAUCAAGAAACGUACGAAAAGAUAAAGCAUAAGCUCGAAGACUUGCCAAGCACAAGCAAGCCAGCCGGGGAAUCUUUCGAUAUGUAUGCGGAUGAUUUCGAGGAAAAAGAGUCCAAGCUAUUAAAGGAUUCACAGAAAACAAUGGAGCCAAAUACAAACGAAAUAAAAUGGGAAUUUAAAUGGAAGCAGACUGACGACGACAUCCAGGGCCCAUAUAGUACAGAGAAAAUGUUUAAUUGGUCUCAAGGGGACUAUUUUAAGAAUGGAGUGUAUGUACGCAAAGUUGGUGAAACUUCAAAUUUCUAUUCAAGCAAUAGAAUAGAUUUCGAUUUGUAUUUAUAAAUAAAAAUAAUUGUAAAUGCAUAUAGAAA